AUGUUUUUGUAUUUGUGGCUUUUUAUUUUCAUUUGCCCCGUCUGGUGUACCCCACCAGCUUGUUUCUUGGAUUGUAUUUCUGUUGUCUCCCGCUCAUGUAAUAAUUUAUCUGACAUCCCCUGUCUAUGUUCUUCACAAGACUGUUUGAUUCCAUGCUUCGAGAAAAGAUGCAAAGAUAUAGCAUUUCUAAGUGCAAGAGACCACUACUGGGGAACAUGUUUGGAGCACCAUUAUCCUAGUCGAAACGCCUGUCGUAUUCCAGCAAGCAACGUUUUGGAAAGCACAAUAGAUGUACUGCCAAAUGACGAUGAGAAAAAACAAACGUCAACGGAACAGAACAUCAGGGAAAGCGCUGGUGUCGAAGAAAGCUCGUCUGCAAAGAAAGAUCCAGAAUCUCGGGGAGAGCUGAUCCAAAGUUCGAACGAAAGCUAUCUGGAAUCGAGAGAAGUAGACGAAAAUUCUCUACCUGAUAGUAGGCCAGCGGCAUCUGUCCAGCAAGAAAGUUCCAGUAUGUUGUCUUAUACCGUAUCCGAUUUUGAUGCACCUGUUCUUUUCGUCUCCGUUUCAUCUGGAACGAUGUUCUCUUCUCAAACACAUACUUCUGGCACCUUCUCGUCUGCGCCCGUUUUCAACCGCCGAAAAAAGUACAGGGCCAACUAUUUCCGUCCUGUCUACCGAGCAUAG